AGGGUCAAGUCUUCAUGGUUGGACCAAAUGUCACCUUAAAUAAAAUCCCACAACUUGAUACGACAAAUUCUUCUGUGGACAUCGAUCUCAUUGGGAUCGCCAAGAACAACAAUGAAAGAUCAGCUGCUGUGGCUUUCAUGAGCUACAGCACAAUGGAGAAUCUACUGAAGCCAGACUUCUUCAACACAUCAAAUGACACGGUUAAAACCAUGAUGUCCACUGUGAUCUCAGCUACUCUUCCCAAAACCACCAACACUAAACUCACCAAACCAGUCAACUUCACCUUCAGACACAUCAGAGAGUUUGAUCCCACCGGUUCUCUGUCUUGUGUUUACUGGAAUAUCAGCGAGUGGAUUGUAGAUGGUUGUUCUGUUUUAAAGACCAACAGCAGCUACACUGUGUGUUCCUGUGUUCAUCUGUCGACAUUCGCUCUCAUCAUGCAAACCAGCCGUCCACCAGAGAGCGACUCUCAACUGCUGGAUCUGUUGAAUCUGGUGUGUGUGAUUGUGGGGCUGGUGUUCUUCAGUUUGGCCCUGUUGACCUUUGCCCUUUGUCAGUGGAGUCCUGGAGUGAAUAAUGUGGCUCGAAUCAACAUCUGCAUCAGUCUUCUGUUGGCUCACCUUCUGUUCCUGCUCACACAGCAGUUCCUGAGAAUCAUACGUCCUCAGCAGGUGUUGUGUGCCGUGAUCUCAGGCCUUCUGCACUUCUUCUAUCUCUCCGGCUUUGUGUGGAUGUUCAUUGAAGCUGUGAUGCUCUUCAUCUGUGUAAAGAAUCUAUCACAGAUCAGCUCUAAAAAGAGGGAGGUGCUUAGCAGUGGAUUCCUGUGUGUGAUUGGAUAUGUGAUUGCUCUGGUUGUGGUGGGUGUCUCUGUCGGUCUGGUUCCUGAAGGCUACGGCAGCGAACGCUGCUGGAUUAAAAUUGAUAAAGGCUUCAUCUGGAGUUUUCUGGGUCCUGUUUGUGUCAUACUAGCAUCAAACACACUUCUCUUCAUCAAGAUCUUCAUCAGUCUGAACUCAACUCUCAAAAGUCUCAAUUCUGAAGUUUCACAGAUGAAACAAACCAAGAUUAUGGUGUUUAAAACACUGGCUCAGUUUGUGGUUCUUGGUUGCCCCUGGAUUCUGGGUUUCUUCACUAAUGGCAGGAAGGAGCUGGAGAUCCUCUUCCUGAUCUUGAACUCCCAGCAGGGAACCUUCAUCUUCCUGAUCUAUUGUGUCCUCAAUAAUGAGGUUAGGCAGCAGUACAAGAAGUUCUUCAGCUGUCUUUGCUGCAUCAAACAACACUGAUGACUACAACAUCACAUUCAGAAAGUAAUAAAUACUGUUCAAGUGCCAUUCAUAUACAGAUUAUUUUAUAA